CUGACUGCCGUGCAGAGCGGCACAAGCGCCCAGCGGCUGCCGAUCGGAGCCGGAGCCACACGCAACCAUGGCACAGCAGCGCUGAGAAACCGGGCUCCGGCCGCCCACAAGCAAGAGGACGACAGGCAGCUGGCCCCGGACAGCGUGCGGACCCGACAUAUCCAGGACAAUUUGCAGGCAAGUUUGAAAUGCAGCUGUAAAAGAUGAGUCUGUGUGCUGAGAUCUGCCAGUUUCCGAACUCUAACCAUGGUGCAGAUGCAAUACGCCAGCGUUAUGGAGUUCGAUCAUAUCUGCACCAGUUCUAUGAAGAUUGCACAGCAUCCAUCUGGGAGCAUGAGGACAAUUUUCAGAUUAAGAGGUCCCCAAAUAGAUGGAGCUCCAUCUUCUGGAAGGUUGGGCUGAUUGCCGGGACAGCCAUGCUUCUCAUAGGAUUGGUGGUGAUUGCAACUGGCUAUUUGGUGCCACCCAAGAUUGAAGCAUUCGGAGAGGAAGAGGAGGAUUUUCUGGUGGUGGAUGGGCGGGCCGUCCAGUUCAACAUGGCACUGGAUAUUUGCAAGCUGGCAGGCGCCAUCCUCUUCUGCAUUGGCGGCAUAGUGAUGGCCAUCUGUCUCCUAAUGUCCGCCUUUGCCACCAGUUACUCCAAAGAAGAAAAAUAUCUGCAGCAGAGGUUCAAGGAACGGAUAGCGGAAACCCAGACCUCGACCAAACCCAUCACCAAAGCACCUGCCCCAGGUGACCAUAAAAUCCCAAUCACCUUAUCCAAAGUACACAACGUGCAGCCUACAUCAGAGACCUGAAGUGUAAAUAUUAGAUGUUGCAUAAGUUGUAAAUUAGCUACACCAGACCAAGUCUUUUUAAAUGUUUUACCAUAUUUUUAUAGCAAUUUAGAGGCAGUUCGUGUAUCCAUCUACUACAUUUUAGAUUCAUGCCUUUCUUCAGUAAGUUAAUCAUGUAAGAAUCUCAAAUGUGAGAUUUUGACGUUUUAAUCUUAUGGUACAAUCUCCUGAAAGCUGUAACUUGCAGAUGAUUUGUCUCCAAAGUGUAAUGGCUUUUAAGUGUAUUUGAAAUGAAUAAACAUAUGGUUGAGUGAUAACUGAG